AGGCUGAAAAGAGAGAAAUUGGGACAAAGAUGGGAUUUUUGACCAGAAAUAGCAUCCGGUUGUUGAAAGCAGCCAUUUCUACUUCUUCCACCUCCGCUCUUCUUCAUAAUAUUCCUAUUUCUUCUUCAAAUUCCUCUUUACGAACCUCCGCCACACACAAAUCCUUCCCCUUAUCCCAUCGCCACUGCUACUCCUCCUCCACUAUGGAUGACGUCACCGCCGAUUCCAACAUGGACGCUGUCCAGAGGCGCCUCAUGUUCGAAGACGAAUGCAUCUUGGUUGAUGAGAAUGAUCGCGUUGUUGGCCAUGAUACCAAGUAUAACUGCCAUCUCAUGGAAAAGAUUAAUUCUGAAAAUCUGUUGCACAGAGCUUUCAGUGUCUUCCUCUUCAAUUCAAAAUAUGAGUUGUUGCUUCAGCAACGAUCUGCUACUAAGGUGACCUUCCCAUUGGUGUGGACAAACACCUGCUGCAGCCAUCCCCUCUACAGAGACUCUGAGCUCAUUGAAGAGAAUGCCCUCGGGGUGAGAAAUGCUGCUCAGCGGAAGCUGUUGGAUGAACUCGGCAUCCCUGCCGAAGAUGUUCCGGUCGAUCAGUUCACUCCUUUGGGACGUAUGCUCUACAAAGCACCGUCUGAUGGCAAGUGGGGAGAGCAUGAACUUGACUAUCUCCUCUUCAUUGUGCGGGAUGUCAACGUGAACCCUAAUCCAGAUGAAGUAGCUGACGUGAAAUAUGUGAACCAAGAUCAGUUGAAAGAGCUACUGAGAAAAGCUGAUGCGGGUGAGGGGGGUCUGAAAUUAUCCCCGUGGUUCAGAUUGGUUGUCGAUAACUUCUUGUUCCAGUGGUGGAACCACGUUGAGAAAGGGACUCUCAAGGAUGCAGCUGACAUGAAGACUAUUCACAAAUUAACUUAGAGAAAUGCAGAUUUGCGGUACUUUUAGUUUAUCUUUCAGUUUUGAUUUCAAUCAUUCAGUACUGUUGAUUUCUGUAAGAACUAAACUACAAAUGGAUUUGCGGUGAGAGUCGAAAGUUGUUUCUUAGCUUUGUGCCUUUUGUUUUGGAUUUGAAAUAAGAUUACUGUAGUGGCAACUCAAUAAGAAGUCCUUUGAUGUGCAUUUCACAUGGUUUCCUCGAGGAGUUGCUUUCUUGUGUAUGCUUUAUGUGUAUCUGAUUGCAGUAUGUAUCUUCGUUUUCUUUGUUGUUUUGUUAACUAUAUGAAACUGGUGCAUUACACGUGGGAUUAGCAUGAGUUAUCAGAAAAUUAUAUUAUGGACCUUUUAUCCUUUUGUUGGAGUUUUUCUUUUCUUUUAUCAAGUAUAACAAUCAUCGUCAAAGAAACGAAGGAAAUUAUUCAGAGAAGCAAGAUUGUUCCGUCAGUUCUUUCUGGUGAGCAUGCAGCUUUUGCAACAUCCCUCUAAAACAAAUCGUAGGAGAUAUUUGUGAAUUUGUUUUUGUUGCACCUCUUUCAUUUAUUAAUUCCAAUUUAUAUAAAAAUUUUGUGGAAUGACUUUGGACUUGGCAACCCAACGUAACAGGUAAUACAUACUAAUACUACUCUCACUUUGAUAUUCAGAAAAUAAUGGGUGAAAACUGAGUUUCGAACAAGAAUUAGCAAAACUAAAAGG